UCGGGCCCCACCUUGGACAUGCCGGUUCCCUCCAGCUUCAAUGACAUCGGCCAGGAUUGGCAGCUGUGGCAUUUUGUCAACUGGGUGUGGUAUGAACGGGAGGUGACUCUGCUGGAGUGAUGGAUCCAGGACCUGUGCACAAGAGUGGUGCUGAGGAUUGGUAGUGCCCACUUCUAUGCCAUCGUGUGGGUGAAUGGGGUCGACACGCUAGAGCAUGAAAGGGGCUACCUCCCCUUCGAGGCCGACAUCAGCAGCCUGUUCCAGGUGGGGCCCCUGCCCCCCCGCCUCUGCGUCACUGUUGCCAUCAACAACACGCUCGCCCCCCACCCUGCCACCAGGGACCAUCUGUACAUGACCGACACCUCCAAGUAUCCCAAGGGUUACUUUGUCCAGAACACGGACUUUGACUUCUUCAACUACGCGGGACUGUCGCGGUCUGUGCUUGGAUACACGACACCCACCGCCUACAUCGAUGACAUCACUGUCACCACCGGCGUGGAGCGAGACAGUGGUGAUGUCUUCUGGUGCAUUCUUAAUUAAAAUUCAUCUCCAUCCCUGCCAGUGGGUAAGUGCGUAUCCUUGACUUGAAUACGUUUGUCAGUUACUCUCGAUACACAAAGGAUUUU